CAGCGGAAUAGUCCUCCAUCGACCGCGGCUGUGAUGGUCGAUCAAUACUCCCAUCACUAAAUCCAUCUCACCUGGACAGUGAAGGAAGAUAGACUAGCCCAUGUAGCCUUCCCCAAUAAAAGUGAAUUGGUCUAUUGUCAGCAUGUGUUGUGAGAGCAACGUUGAUGGGUGGUUCUGUUAAUGAACUCAUUGAGGCCACUGAGUCAUUAUCGCGACGGCAGCGUGUAGGCUGUGAGAACGGAUGUUGUACAGUGGAGGAAACUUUUGUUCCUUCGGUGAACAAUGUGGAUUUGUCUGGGAGAUCAGGUGUCCCAUUCAGGUGUGGACGUGUAAGGUAAUCUCUUCAUGUUCUCGCGGACUCUUAACGGGAGGAGGAAGCCCCUGGAGGUGAGACUUGUACCGUCCCGGAUCCACUUCACCAACUGUCUCGACCCCCAGGCUUUACAUGACGAGGGGGUGAUGGGGGAGUUUUGUCGAAAGGUGGUGGAGAGGGGGGAAUACCCCCGGUUGCAGGUAGCGGAGAAGGAUGGGCACUACUUUACCCUGAAUAACACCCGACUCCACCUAUUCCGUCGUCUUGAGGAGUUGGGACAUUGUCGUAAAGUGAAGGUGGAGAGGAUUCCACUUAAAGAGAUUCCUGAGGGCAUUCGACAGAUGAUGACUCCACCUCCAUCAAUUAAACAUAACAAACGAAAGGGUUAUCAGCCAGUUGGUCAAGUUCAAGAACCAAUAAAAGCUCAAUCGGACGAUGACAGUAGUGAUGACGUCACUGAGACAGAGGAAUCAGAGGACUCGGACACAGACAGUGAUUUAAGCGAUGAAGACGAUGAGGAAACUUCCGAGGAAGUGUCGGAAAAUCAAUCACAAGAAGAGGAUGAAAGUUUGUUGUGACAGGGGUUGUCCUUUCUCUCCGACAGUGGACAAAUAUUGACCUUUUCUAGGGCAGAUGGAUAGAACAAGCGCCAUGAUUCUAUAGUAAACGACACAGUCAAGAAUUACCGGCGACUUGUGCUCAACUGAAAGCAAUGUAAAUAUGUUAAUACUUCUUGACAUCGGUUUUUUUCUGAGAUUGUAUUUGUACUUUUUUGACGACAGGGACUGAAUAUAUUUCCUUUGGUCUCAUACCAUAUUCUUUAAUACAGGGACACAUACAGGUUCGUGUGGGAAUGAAUCAGAAAUGUUUUCAAUAAACACGUGAAUGCAAUAUCGAUCCAUUGUCACGUCACAUAAAUACACGAGCAGGCUAUUCAGCAAUCAACGUCAGGAAGAAUGGAGACAUCAAACAGACAUCCAGUGAUUAUUCAUUCACGAUAAAUGUAUGAAAUUGAUUGAGAAAAAACUCACACUUACCUGAGAUGUACACGAUUGAUAUGUACGUGAGCGUAACGCCGCUUUGAACAAUGUUGACGUUAACGCUAUGUCACGGCGUGCCAUCUUAAUGAGAGGAAAGACUAUAGAAGGAGGAAUUAAUUUACCACUUUGGUGACACAUUCGAGCGUGGUAACUUUGUCGUAGAACCAAGGAUCACAAUUUCAGUGAAUUCUCGAGUCAAACUUUCAGACGAUCAUUUAUGGUAUUGUAUUUACAUAAAUCUUGUUAUAUUUUAGAGGUGAGUGAAGUAUGGUUUUAAGUAUCUCUGGCACUGACACUUCAAUUUACAUAUUGCAAACUGUAUUGAUAUUUUGUGAGAAAUAAACAUUGUUUCAAUUGUUAGAGAUGUAUGCCUAAUUUGUCAUUUAAAUAACGAAUUCGGCAAAUAUUCAUAUUAUCAAGUAUUUGAUGACGAUGACCACUUACAAGAUUUUGUAAUCCUGAGAGACGUUAUUAUAUCAAUUACAAGUAAAACUAUGUUAUACAUUAUACCUAGAGUUUCACAAUGAUUUAUCGGAAUAAUAUACACCAGGAAGGUCAAAUUUAACUGAAUUACAGAUGCAGUCAAACGUUAGGGGCGGUGGGUAGUUUAGUGGAUAAAGCGUUCGCUCGUCAUGCCGAAGGCUUCGUUUCACAACAUGGGUACGAAAUUUGAACCCCGUUUCUGAUGUUAGCCAUCUUGAUCUUACUGGGAUAUUGGUAAAAGCGGCGUAAAACCAUCAAGAACUUUAAUGAGUUUUGAUUCCCAAAUGCUGACACGAAUUCACAACUAAGAUGCGAUUAAUAUAAUAAAGACAUAUCAUACCUUGCCACAAAUGGUUGUUUAGGCAUAUAUGUUUAAUAAACUCUUUUGAACUUA